AAGAUAUAUGUCACAAUUCACAAAUAUCCAUGAUAUUUUUAUUUACUGUUGACUUAAUUUUAAGUUAAAUCUUAAUUUUGUUUUGCAUUGUUUGCAGUUAUUGUUACUUGGUGGAGGACUGAGGUUGAUGUUCAUUUAAAAUGGUUGACGACUUAAGAAAACAUUUAAACCAGCUUCUUGAAAAAGUCAAUGGUCUACAUUGUAUCGUAAUAACUGAUCGUGAUGGUGUCCCAGUCGUACGAUCUGUUACAGAAAAAGCUCCACAACUCGCUUUGAAACCAAAUUUCAUAUCCACCUUUGGAAUGGCCACUGAUCAAGCGAGUAAGCUUGGUCUAGGAAAAAAUAAAACUAUUAUCUCAAUGUAUUCUAGUUAUCAGGUUAUUCAAAUAAAUAAACUACCUUUAGUCAUAACAUUUAUUGGUAGUGACAAUUGCAAUACAGGACACAUUCUUGCAUUGGAAAGCCAAAUAGACCCAUACUUGAAAGAUUUGGAAUCUGUUGUUUUAGAUGCACCAUGAUAAUUAUCAAGAUUAUUACCUGAAUCAUUAAUUAAUACUGUUAUGUUGUAAGUUUUCUACUUUUAUAAA